GAUGGCUGCUUGACGACAAACUGUAAACAACACCAAAUACACGGGCCUACAAGUCCUGUUGAAGCAAUCUCACUAAAAUAAUACAUUUGCUUUGAUUCCUACUACUUUAUACAGUAUUCGCUAAUAAUCUUCCAUAAUGCCCAGUGCCGGGGCUCUUCCAGCUCCGUUCAUUACGCCAAUCCAUCGAGACUGCCAUGGCCUACAGCUGCCAGUCAACAAGAUUGAUUCCUCCACUUUAAUUGAACUGAGUUCAGAUGUGCCCAACUGCAAACUUUACUUCACCACUGACGGAAGUAAGCCGCUCCCUUUUCAACGUAAAAUUGGGGGUAAAGAACGGACUUUCAAAUAUUUUGCACCUUUCACCCUCAAGUGUGGAAAGAGAACCCUCAAGGCUGUAGCUGUGUCAAGGGAUGGAUUGCUGGAGAGUGCGGUCGUCUCCAAAGAUUUCAACGUGGUCAACUUGGACAGUCUGGGAACGUCGGAAGGCUACGAGAGUAGCACCAGUGCCGCAACUCUUCAGUCUUUUCUGGACGAGUCGUCGGACGGAGAGUACAACCUGAAACCUGGCAAGGUGCAGGGCCUCAGACCGAGAAGAACAAAAUCUCCGUCAAGAAAGAAAACGGUACCGAAGGAGGCAUGGGCAAGCUCUUUGUACCAGGACCCAUCGGCCACAGGGGCUUCUAACGAGGGGCCUGAAGCAGAAAGAACAGCCGAAGCCGGAGCCGCAGGAAAGUCUGACACUUGGGGACAUACGCAAAUUGAUGGAAGAAACCAAACCGAAGACGCCCCCGCCCGCCAUCGAGUACAAACCGGUCUGGAAAGACCCGCCCCUGAACCCAGUCAGCCCAGGCAACG